AUGGAAAGCCAUAAAACUGAAGAACUCCAUGGAGUACCUUAUGCUUCCUCAACACAGUACCAUCACUAUCGUUCUCCAACUCAGAAACCACCCAUCUUGACCUCAAACCUUUUGAACAUGGAAACUGAUGAAGGCCAUACUUUGAACCCUUUGGAUCAAUCUCAUGGUUUACAUCAUAUUCCAUUUUACUACUCCCAAUUACACCUUCCUAGCAACAACAACAGUCCACUUCAAAUCCCAGUUCAUAAAUCCUCUCCCAACACAUCAUCAAACAGUAACAACAACAAUUCUGAUGAAGCAAAGGCUCUACUUGAUGACAGAAAGAAUAAAAGGAUGUUCUCCAACAGAGAAUCUGCACGCAGGUCACGAAUGCGAAAGAAGCAACAAAUUGAAGUACUACAGUAUCACGUUGAUCAUUUGCAGACAUUGAACCAUCAAAUGUCACAAAAGAUCAUUUACUUGUUGGAAUGUAACCAACAAAUCCAACAACAGAAUGCUCAACUUAAAGAGAAAGUUUCAUCUCUCCAAUUAGCUCUCUCUGACUUGUUAGUUCCUGGUGGAAAUCCUGGGCAACCUCAUCAAAUCCCCAACACUGGCUUCCUAGCCGAGCCUUCAACUCGACCAUUUCCAAGUUCCAGAACAUAG